AUGGCUGCUCCCCCGACUGAACCAGGCUCUUCAAGCCAACAGGUUAUGACUGCCCAAGUUACGGAAGCUACUCCGCUGAGUAGGGGUGUCGGCCACAGCACACUCGAAGGAGAACUGAGGGGCCCCGAUUAUGGCGGCCAGCAGUCUAUGCCGCCACAGCUGCCGAACGGAGUGACAAGGGCCUCUCCCACGUCUUCUAUGCGCACGGUGGACGGUAUAGAGUCGUUGCCUUACAGUCCUGCAGUGGAUUCUUCGACCAGACCGGGUCAGGCUUUUUUCCAAGAGGCCUGGCCAGCCCAACCGCGAGACCCCGAUGUGGGAUCAUCGGAAUCCAGAAGUGGAGAAGGUGUACCAGCAGCUUUCAGGUGGGUGCAUCGACUUGGUGAUUUUCUGCGUUCGCACUCUGCUAUGGAAACCUUUACGACGAUGACAAGGCAACAGCUGGUGAGUCCAGCUAAUGGUGGCGGAGGUUUCGUGCUGCAACAGCAGAGGGUGCAGAGGACAACAUCGCCUACGGCAUCCCGUUCUGGAAGGCAGUUGGAUGGAAGUGCGACCGACCAAGGAGGAGGUCUACCAUUGCCGGUGGAAGAGAGUCCGCCGUUGUUCGGACGAGCAGCAGCAAGGAGGAUGGAGGAGUGGGCAGCGCAAGCUCCGCUGCUUCAUGGAUCCAGUUCUCGACCAGCUCUUCAAGAUGACGUUUCGUCGAACUCUAUACCACGUGAAGUGGUGGAAGAGGAGGUUCGGCGCCAAGUUCAGCUGGCUCUCCAGAGCCACCAACAAGGGAUGAUGGAUCUGCGAGAAGAAAAUCAGCGACUUCGGGAUCGGUUGUCGUCUACUCCUACGGUUUCGUACCUGAAGGCACUCGGGCUCAUCCGGCAGAGCAUGGAGUAUCAGGCGGUGAUCGGGCCUUUGCAACCAGUCGCGCAGUACCAGAAGGCAAUCGGGCUUAUCCUGCAGAUCAUGGAGUAUCAGGCGGUGAUCGGGCCUUUGCAACCAGUCGCGCAGUACCAGAAGGCAAUCGGGCUUAUCCUGCAGAUCAUGGAGUAUCAGGCGGUGAUCGGGCCUUUGCAACCAGUCGCGCAGUACCAGAAGGCAAUCGGGCUUAUCCUGCAGAUCAUGGAGUAUCAGGCGGUGAUCGGGCCUUUGCAAACAAUCAACCAGUACCUGAAGGCACUCGGGCUUAUCCUGCAGAUCAUGGAGUAUCAGGCGGUGAUCGGGCCUUUGCAACAAUCAGCCAGAAGUUCCGAAGAACAUCUUCACAGGUCGUCUGAGAGAGCCGCUCAGGAGCUUGAGCGCAGAUCGAAGGCCAAGGUUGGCACGGAGUCCAACACGUGGUGUCCUACAAUCGCCGAGGGUCUGAGUGAUGGAGAUAUUGGCGGUGUUCGUCCCACUGAAGCUGCCUAUCGGCCUUCGCCCACAGUGGAAGGGGUCACGUUCGGAGACUAUGGUCUUGGUUAUCCUCCUGGUCUGGGAGCACAACCUCCUCGAGCACCUCGAGAAGAACUGGUGGAUCGUGGCGGCGUCCAAGGGUCUACUCCGACAGAGGAACCGAAGGAAACUGAAAGGGGGGCCACUGCCCCUAACCCUUUAGAUGUGCUGAUCACGGGGAUGAGUCAGCUGCAGCAGGUCUUGCUCAAGCAGAAGGGUGAGACCAUGGACAUCGAGCCGAAGGCGGUACAGGAGUUGGCUAAGCUCCCAGAGUACACCCCGGAGUCCGGCGCUACAGACUUUCAGGACUACUUGUACCUGGCGGAGCAGCAGAUUGGGAGCCUGGCAUCGGGAGCGGGGGACUGGUGGCAACGGACGUUGAGUGUGGCCCAGAAGGCUUAUGCGGAGUACCAGUCCCUGUCGCCGAUGAAACGACUAAGUGUGCAGGUGACCUUGCCCGCGGACCUACGGGAGGACAAGUACAAGCGACUGGAGCGCAAGGUGGCUUCCUUGAUGUUGGGGUCUUUACCUCGUGGAGUUCGAGAUGAGCUUGUGGCGCACAGAGUGCAGGGGGUCCAUCAGAUCCUCUUCAGGUUGAUGGUGGUCUUCCAACCGGGCGGUGCUCAGGAUCGCGCACAGCUUCUUCGGCAGUUGGAUGUGAACGAGUCCAGCGCGGGCCCGGCAGAGGCGGUGAUAGCAAUCCGGCGAUGGUACCGGCUCCUUCAGAGGGCAUCCGACCUCAACAUAGCGUUGCCAGAUGAGUCGCUGCAGGUGAGGUCGUUGUCUAACAUUGUAAAGAAGACCGCGGACCAGUAUGCCGACUUCAAGUUCCGAGUGGCUUUGGCGAAGACGGAGCUGCAGAUUGACUCGAGGCCGAGUCAAUCGAACGUGAUGAGGUUCCUCCAGCACCUUUUGGCGGAGCUUGAGCAGUUGGGUGGCGGGUCCAGACGCGGCCCAGCAACCACGUCCUCUACUACCACAGCGGGAUCUGGAGCGACGGCUCCCGCGGGCUCUUCUACCACCUUGAAGGGAAUGCAGCAGAGCGUUGAGGAUGCAAAGGGCAAAGGAAAGGCUACGCCCCCUGCGCCUAAGAAGGCUUGCCAGUGGUUUGGUACCGAUGCUGGAUGCAGGAAUGGCAAGUCGUGUGGGUUUACCCACUCGUGGCAAGGGUUGAACCGUACAGAGCGAUGUUUGCUCUGUGGGAGCAAGCAGCACCGGGCGAAGGAUUGCGCUACGAAGGACAAUCCGCCUUCGCCUACACGUGCUCCACCUCCACCACCAAAGGCGACGGCAGCAGCUUUAUCCACUACUUCUUCGACCACGGCUGUGAGCGGAACUCCAGCGGCGAAGGCGGCUGCGGUGCCACCGAUUGUGGUUCCUGAUUCGGCCACCCCCAUUGGGAGCGCUACCUCUAAUGGAAACAAGAUCGACGCGGCCAAGAUGACGGAGAUCCUGACCGAGACGAACCGGAUGCUGAAGACCUUGACGGAGCAGCAGGUUUCGGAACAAUCUACUACGGCACCUCCUACGGAUCCUCUGGUGUUGAUUCAGCAGCAGUUGGAUGAGGUUCGAAGGAUGAAGGUGAUUCAAGUGAAGGGACCUGAGAGCUCUACGGCGCCCUUCUCCAGUGCGGUGGCUUGGUAUGAAGCAAGGUUGAGUGCUUCUACGUGUGCUCAGCCCUCCGCUGCUGAGGAGGGCGAAGCGCUCUUGGACAGCGGGGCCAGCCACGCCUACAGACCAGCCUUGUUACCUCAAGAUGCUACGACAACCAAGACGGUUACGGUGACAUUGGCAACUGGAGAAGAGCGGAAUCUUGCUCAGACGGGCGGCGGCACGCUACUGGGGGAGGAAGGGUCAGAAGCCAUUGUUCCGAUGGGGCAGCUGGUGCGACUUCUGGGCUGCCGCAUUUCAUGGACCCCGUCGAAACUCACAGUUAUCCACCCAGUCCAUGGACGCUUGCAAGUUCGACUAAGGGGCCAGUGUCCGGUGAUGCCCGUUUCCCAGGCGAUGACCUUGAUUUCGGAGCUCGAAGAAGCAAGGAUAAAGGAGUUUGAGAAGACCGUUGCAGACCUGAGGUCUCAAGUGCGUGUGCUCCGUGAACGGGGCAGGGAAGAUUGGAGCUGGCAGCGGCACUUGAAGUCGUUUUGUGAAGAGGGCGACCGUACGUCUAUGGCAGGUUUCCUUCACACGUGCCCGGUCUUUGCGGCCCUUCCCCCAGAAGUUCUACUUGGUCUUCCUGAGGCGGUUCCGCCGACCUUGAAGGAUGGGUGGAAGAUGCUGAAAGGGCUGCCUUGGUCCAGAGCGAAGCGCAAGGUUUUGUUCCAGAGUGACAGCUGGGUUGUCCACCUGUGUGCGGGAGACAAUCGAUCUUGGGAGGCUAAGGAGCAGCAGUCUAUGAGACGGGCUAUGUGGAGUAGUUCCUUGACUGGGAGCGAUGUGAUCGUCGAUGUGGACAUCGCAGACUCCAAGCACAUGGAUUUGUUACAGCAAGGUGCUGUGUUUCGUGUGUUGGCAUGGGCCGCGAUGCAUGGGAAGAUCAAGGCGGUUGUUGGCGGGCCCCCAAGGCACGGCUUCCCGUCUGCUGAGAAGGAGGUGAACUAUACGCCGCACCAACUCAAGGAAAUGAAGCUGGCAGUGCGCCUUCUGUCUUUGUGGUACAUUGCUGAAGCCGGACGAUGUGAGGCUUGGAAAAAGGGGGCAUUGAAGCAGAUGCCUUUGAAACCUCACGUUGGACUGAUGUUGGAGCACCCGGCGGCGCAAGAGGGGCAGCGUUCAAUCUUUGAUCACUUGCUCUGGAAGUCCUUCGCUGAGGAGGAGCUGAUGGGAGAGGUGAAGAUCGUGAUGAAUGGCCGGAAAACAGUCCUGGGGAGCAACUUAAACCUUUGGCAUCUUGAAGGGGCUUCUUUCGGAGCGCUGACCCCGGGAACUCCCGGUUGCUCAGUGUGGCCGAUGGAGCUGGUGGCUCAUGUUGCUGGUGCUCUAAGGAGUUGGGCGGGACUACGUCAUCGUGAAGGACUCUUGGCCUCGCUAACAAGAAGGUUGCAAUCUCCCGAGGAUGCGAAGGGUGGCUUGGCAAAGUUUGAUGUGGGCGAAUGGAAGCUACAUUUGCAACGUGAUCAUCUGCCCUAUAGGAGAGACUGUCGGGUUUGCAUCGAGCGAGCCAGUGGAAAACCUCACCGCAAGGUCACGCACCCGUCGGCGUACAGUUUGGCAGUGGAUGCAGCUGGUCCCUUCAGAGUGAGGGGCGCGGGUGGCUACAAGUACCUGAUGGUCGGUUGCUACAGAUUUCCUAAGAUGGCGGGAAUUGGAGAGAAGAAAGAACCGGCAGUCCCUGAUGGAGAGAUCGCUCCCGGCCCUGAUGAUGGUGGUGAUUGGAUUUCUGACGGCGAUCCAGUUGUUCCUGGGAUCGGUGACCCGAUGGAGGAAGGGAUGGCCGAUGUGGGACUUGAGGAGGCCAAACCGGAGGAGGAGCACUCUUUAGACAAGGAGGUCGAGGCCCUUAGGGAGCUUGCCAAGCCGCUUGAGUUCUCCUCGGUGUACCUAGCCAGACCGAUGAAGUCCAGAAGCAAGGCGGAUGCGCUUAGAGCUGUUCAAGAACUUUAUGUACAACUUCGGAGCCAAGGGUUUCCAGUUUGCAAGCUGCACAUGGACAGGGCACGCGAACUUCAAACAGAUGCGCUCGAAGCAUGGGCUGCGGCACGGGACAUUGAUGUGACCCGGACCCAAGGUUCGGAUCCACCCGCCAAUGGGACGGCAGAGAGGGCUGUUGGCUACUUAAAGUCUCGUAUGCGAGUUCUUCUGGGCCAAGCGAAACAACUUGGUGACGUCGAUGAUGAGACGUUGCGUUCAUGGUGGCCUUUUGCAGCCGAGACAGCAGUUGCCCAGCAUCAAGCCCUGGUCUUUCAGCGAAAACUACCUACGGUGGCCCGCUUUGGCUCCAAGGUUUUUACCAAGAGGAAGGGCUAUGGAGUCGGAGGUCGUUUCGAUCUACAACCUCGUUGGCUGUCGGCUACUUACCUGGGUCCGGCCCGUUCCGUUCCAGGGGGGCACUUGGUGUUCACCGAUGAGGGGAACCUGUGGUACACCACCCAUAUUCGUCAGUUCGAGGACCCUCCGGCCGAGGACGAAGCUUACGAAGCUGAGGCCGAUGAGCCUGUCCCGCCUGCUAGGCGAGUUCGACGGAAAUCUUCAAUUGUUGACCUUGCAGGUGGAGUUGGUUUGAUGCCAGGGAUGAGUGGCGAGCCUCUCGGGGACGGUGCUGCUAAGGCCGGGUUGAAGUCGAUUGUGAAGGUCGCGGAGCAAUCUACCAGUUCGUCGUCAGAUGAGGUGGCGUCCGAGGCGAUGGUGCUUGACGGGUUUGAGGUGCCCUCGGAGUUCUCCCAGAAGGUUAAGGGUGACGGCGAUCAAAGUGAUCUAGCAGCAGAAUUUCUACGUGAUGGCCGUUUUACAAUGGAGGACUGCCUAAGGGUCUUGGAAAAUGAAAGGUUCCUGAAGACCAGGAAGCAGAGAGCCUCGGCAUGGAAGGACAAUGAGGCACCCCAAGUGCAUACCACGUUGGGUGCAUAUCAGCGGGGACCUUGGUCGGGUGUUACGACAGCUACUACCAGGCAUCGAUCAUUGACUGAGUACUUGGUCGCGCUGUACCAGCACCAUUGUGGUCCGGGUGUUACUUUUACCUCUAUGACCGUGGCUAGAGACUUGUGCACGGAUGCCCACCGAGACAAAUUCAACCUACGCAACUCCAAGAACUAUGUGAUCACCGUUGGGAAUUUCUCCGGAGGUGGAAUUUGGCAGGAGGGUGUUUGCGACGGCAGUCCACAAGUUUCCAUUGAGACGGAAGGUGGCAAGGUUGUGAACGGGUUCGUCAGUCCGGUACACAACCGGGUUGUGAAUGUGGACCCAAAGAAACUACACAAAACCAUGCCCUGGGAAGGUGGCCCAAAGUGGACGAUCAUUGCGCACACCGUUGGGUACCAUGGGAAACUGAGCGAGGACCAUAGAGGAUGUUUGAGAGAUCUUGGUUUUGUGUUGCCCUCCAAUCCGGAGCUGAAGGUGAUGAAGACACCAGAUGUUCAAGUCCGUGAAGGCGGUGGGGAGGCAUCAUUGGACAUUCCAGGACAAUUUCCUCCUUCCGAUGAUCCUGAGGAGGAGCUAUGGACUCGAAUUUGGACAAGAAGGCUCCUGGAUGAGGAGGAGGUUCUGGCAGCUGCGGUUCCUUCCAAAUGGUCCGAAGAUUUCAAGGGAGUGUCCGAGGCGAACAUGAAGGUCGCUGAGGAGUAUGAUCAACUCGAGAGGUUGUGCAAGGACCGCUAUGAUGUCGAGGGAUGGCUCACGUUGUGUAAGCUAGCCGCGAGGGUUGUUUACACUGUGCCAUUGGAGGAAGUCAAGCAGUUCAUUGGGAGGUGGACUGAGGCCAUAGUGAAGGAGGCGGAUGCCCUGAUCAAGGCUAAGGCUUUGGUACCUUUGUCUCAGGAGGAGCAGCGUGCGCUCGAAGCAAGCGGAAAAUUAGUCAUCCUUCCGGCAAAGGGGGUGUUCACUGUGAAGCCGCCUGAUCAAGAACGACUAGUCGGUGAUGAUGGUCAACCUGUUCCUCCUGGUGAUCCCUCCUUCUACAAGAGAAAAGCGAGGCUUGUUAUCUGCGGAAACUUUCAAGGAAAGCAAGCUCAGGAGGACUCCUAUGCGGGAGGUUGUCAGACGGACAGCCUUCGAAUCAUGCUUGUGCGCUGUGCCGUACUAGGUUGGUUCAUUGCCUCGACCGACAUUCGCAAUGCCUUUAUCCUUGCUCCGAUCCAGGAAGAAGAUGAGGAGGAGGACACGGUCUAUGCUCUUUACGCCCCAAAGGUCCUUGUGCUUGCCAAGGUUGAGUACGCUCUUCGGCUGUGGAGAGUUGAUCGUGCUCUUUAUGGUUUUCGUCGCUCUCCUAGACUUUGGGGAAGGUUCAGAGAUAAGCGUUUGAGGUCGGCAAAGAUCGAGUUUGAGGGUGGCUACAUCUACUUGUCUCAGCAUAAGGCCGACGAGAACAUUUGGUCGGUUAAGGUCGUGUCAGCCGAGGGUGAAGAAAAGGUACGAGCCUACAUCAAUGUGUAUGUCGACGACAUCCUGUACAUCGGAGAAGUUCCGGUGAUCGAAGCGGUGCAGAGGUGGCUGACCAGUGAAUGGAAGGCCUCCGAGUUGUCGUGGGCUUCUGAAAAGGUUGACAUCAGGUUCUUGGGCCUGGAGAUCGGGCGAACCAAAUGUGGAGGCGUUCGGAUUCACCAGGGAGGCUACAUUGAUGAGCUGCUGAGGCAUCACAACAUGACUGAGGCAAGGGGCUACCUUACUCCGUGUCCACAAGAAUGGCUUCUUGGUGAAGCAGAAUGCCCUGAGGAGGAGCAUCCUCUGGAAACUUUGAGGAGAGCUCAAACCUUAACGGGUGAAGUUCUCUGGCUGAGUGGUAAGUCAAGGCCUGACCUCAUGCAUGCGAUUGCAACUAUGUCGUCUUGGUGUUUGCGGAAUCCUUCGUUGGUGGAGCGGAUUGGUGUGAGAGUUUUGGGGUACUUGAAGCAAACCCGAAACUUAGGUCUCGUGUACGAGCCAACAAGAGCCGACCACUACAUCGAGGGCUUCUCGGAUGCAUCCUUUGCACCAAGUGGAAGUCGGAGUGUUGGUUGCAGCUUGACUCGAUAUCUGGGUCAGCCAGUUGCCUGGCGCUCCGGACGGCAGGCCCUAGUUUCCUUGUCUGUUGCUGAAGCGGAAUUGAUCGAGGCUGUCAGUACUGUUCAACUUGCUUACGGUGUGGCUUCAAUCACAGAGGAGAUUCAUGGAGGCCCACCCGAGAUCGUCAUCAAGGUUGACAAUACUGCAGCGAUAGGGUUGUGUAACGAGAGCAGUGGUACUUGGAAGACGCGCCACCUCAAGGUGAGGGCUUUCCACCUGAGGGAAGCAGUCCGGUCCAAGGAACUUCGCGUUGAACACAUCCCUGGACUUCAGCAGUUAGGGGACUUGGGAACCAAGGCGUUCCACCGACCUCGACUGCAAGAGCUUCUUCGUCUUUGGGGCCUACUGGAGCCAGGAGAUUCUUCGACUAUUGAAGUUGAAGGAGGCCAUUCCCAUAAGGCGCGAGUGAACGGCACAAUGGCUGUGCUGGCCAAACUGGUGUUGCUUAUGGGGUGGAUGGUUCAAGGAUCCAGGGCGUCUGAAACAGACCGUGGAGCGGGACUGGAAGUGAGUUUCCCCUGGGAGAUGUAUGCUGUCGGGGGCCUCAUGUUGGUUGCUUCGAUAGCCGUGUGGGAAGGAGUCAAGUGGAGGUUGCAGCAGACGAUUUCCGAAGAGGUUGCGCGCUACGAUCUGGAUUCUCAGGAAGUGCAGGCGGAGGCGAUCUACACCCACGCGUUUGACACCCACAAGGGCCCGAUCUUCGUGGGAGUCGAGCGUGAACUCUACGUGAGCAUGGAGAUCGUGUUCAUUAUCACCCGGCAUGUCAUGGCCUUCGGAAUGCGAUGA